UAUGGGCAGACAAGCAGUGGAAAGACAUACACAAUGUCUGGCAUUACUGAACAUGCUGUAGCUGAUUUAUUUGACUACAUACAUAUGCAUAAUGAUAGAGAAUUUGUAUUGAAAUUCUCUGCAAUUGAGAUUUACAAUGAAGCUGUCAAAGACUUCCUAAGCCUAGCUAGUGGCCCACUUAGGCUACUUGAUGAUCCAGAGAGAGGAACCAUUGUCAAGAAACUUACAGAGGAGAUUUUGAGGGACUGGGACCAUCUAAAGGAGCUCCUCUCUUUUUGUGAAGCUCAAAGACAAAUAGGGGAGACCUCUCUGAAUGAAACGA